AUGGAAGACCCACGUGUUAAACUGGUAAUUGACAGAAAUUAUGAAUUCCUGCGACGCCAUCUGAUGGUGACUGUCACCAUGAUCGACCGUCUGUAUGAGGCUGACAUUAUCAACGACUACACUCGCCAUUCUCUCAUAGGCCAGUCUGACCAAACACAAAUAACCACUUUGCUAGGCAUAUUACGGGUGAGAAGUAUGGGAAAAUUUCGAAAAUUCAUUUCGAUCCUAAGGUUGUGUAAGGAUGGUUGGAUCGCAGAUUCUCUCCUGAACACCCCUAUACAAGAAGCGUGGGGCAAAGGUAUCGACAGGACCCAUGGUAAAGAAACAACCAUGAAAGAGUACGUGAACCAGCCCGCGUCUUUAGACAUAACAGGACUGGCAGAUGCAUACGUUUCAAGACGGGAAGGGGUAUCAAAUUUACACCACAGACGAGAGGCUGACCUCGUUGACAAAUAUGUCACCAGUGCCUACACUAAACCGUAUAUAUCGGACAUGCACGUUUUACCAUAUCGUUCCUACAUUCCCUCACUCCCGCCGAGAGUGACAUCACCGUACUUGACGUCCCAGAUUGUAGCUUCAGACUACCAUGCACCUCUGAGGCAUUCCUUACUUUACCAAGACAAAUACGCGUAUGAUGAUUUGGCAAGAGUUCCCCGCCACAUGGAGGAGGUUCACCGUACAUUACAGGUACAACGCGUUGGCACCGAUACGGCAAUGGCAGAAUUAAAGCGUGAAGAGUUGGAGAUGAAGAGUGCUCUGGAAUCAAAUGUUAGAGAUCAAGCAAAACUUUAUCACAACCAGCGGUUGCUAUCCGAUCUGGACCACCGACUUCAUUUAAUUGAGUCUGAUGCUUCUAAACUGAAGCUAAAUCCUGUCACUAGUACAAGGGUCAGCUACAAAGUGGAGCCAGUCAUCUCAACGCCGUGGGCUUACAAAACCUACCGGUACUAAAUCUAGUGCUGGAUAGAUGUGACGCCUAUUU